AGCUUUUGGUCCCUUCUCCUCCUCCAUGCCCUUCUUCUUCUCUCUCCUCUGUGUUUCUCACUCUAAAAAACCAAAAACGAAAUUAACCCACAAACCCUAACCCCCAAUGUUGCUGAUCCUCUACAUGUAAUCUCUAAACCCACUUUCUUUCUUCGAUCUCCCCAAAACCAUGUCUCUGGAAUCUUCCCGUCCUCCGAUCCCAGCCGUCCGAUCCUCGCCGGAGCCCCUACAGCAAGAACAACCCCCUCAGAACGAAAAAGCGACAUCAGCCCCGGCCCCCACGCCUCCCCUGUCCAGGAGCAACCGCCCCUCCCGCGCCUGCACCAUACGCGCCGCCGCUCGGAUACAGCAACAGUUCCAGCAGCAGCAGAACCAACCCGCCGAGAAACGGCGAGCCGUCAACAAAAAGGAACAGCAGCAGCAGCAGCAGAGAGACGACGAGUCGUCGUCGCCGCAAUGCAGCAGCGCCAGCAAGAUUGUGACGCCGCUGGUGGGACCUCCUCCGCCCUCGCAAUUGCCGCGCUGGACCCUCCGCUCCAUGUGGGAAUUGGCUUCCCUACUCAAUUUCUUGCACGCUUUUCGGCCGCUGCUGAAUAUUUCGGCUGAGUUCUCGGUGGAGGAGUUGGAGACGGCUUUGAUCACACCAAACGAUACUUUGAGUGACAUUCACAUUCCAUUGUUGAAGGCAAUUCCUCCAAUUACGCGAAUGGCACUUACACGUGAUACUUGGGUCACUGUUUUAUGCAGAAAGUUGAGAGACUGGUGGCAUUGGGUUGCAGAGGGGGAUCUACCCAUUGUUGCUUCACAUGGGGCGGAGAUUGAGGCAUAUAAAACACUUGAGCCUGGGGUCCGUGUGGUCAUCUUGAAAGCACUUUGUGAUAUCCGCGUUGAGCAAGAAGAUAUUCGGAACUAUAUUGACAACUCACUGAAGCAUGGAGUUCAACUUUCAGCAUUUCGCAAAGAACGUGUUGGAGGUGAUUCACAAGGAAUAUCUUACUGGUAUGAAGAUGAUCCAAUAAUUGGUUAUCGGUUAUAUCGGGAGAUCAGGAAGGUUGAUAUGAAGAAAGUAAAAGGAAAAGGUUCCCAUGUCCUCCCUAGUGCGUCAUAUCAGUGGGAAACAGUAGCAACCAAUUUCGAUGAAUUCCAAGAUGUUUCUGAGAAACUUUUCUCGAGUAAGAAUAGAACGGAGGCUUCUCUAGGGAAGAAGUUGAAAGGAGACAUGCUUGCAGAGAUUGAGAAGGUUCACAAGAGGAAAGAAAGGCAGAUGAAGAAGCAACACAGACAAGCUCUCCUCCUUGAUAAUUUUUUGACUGUGGAUGGGCUUGGUCCAGGGCGCUCUCUUCGUGACAGAAAACCUGUAACCUACACUUUUGAUGAUUAUGACCGGUCCAUCAAUGAGGCAAUCAAAGUAACCAAAAAGAAGCAGCCAUCUCCGGAUCCUUUACAGAAACGAGAGCUAGUUGGGAGACCUGAAGCUUCUAGUAAUGGUAAAUGGAGUGCUACUACAAAUUCCUAUGAACAUGUAGGAUUUAGUGCUGCAUCGCCUAAAUCACCUGAUUAUGAUGAUGAUGAUGAUGAUGAUGAUGGCGAAGAAGAUAACAAGUCUGAACAAUUGGAUCGAAGCAAUCGGCGAAGACAGAGGCCCCAACGGUAUUCUGCGAAAGACUUUGUUGAAGCAGUUUCAGAUAAUGAUGCAGACUUUGACAGUGAUGAUGACAUAGUUGGUGAGGCUGUAUACGAUGAGGAAUACUUGAAGAAACGUAAAGAGAGAAGAAAGUUUUCUAGUAGCUCUGAAGGAGAUGAGGAGUAUCAUUUUGAGGAAGAAAAUGCUGAAGAAGAGGAAGAAGAGGAAAUGGAAGAUUCCGCAAGUGCCAGUGAGGAUAGUGAUGAACCCCGAAAAUUUAAGAAGUUGCCAGGCCGUACUAGGAGGGAAGCUAAAUUGAGGUCUGUUGGUGAGCUCCAGUCAGGUUUGAGACGCAGUAAGAGGGCCACCAGAAAUCGUAUUGAUUAUCGACAAUAUGAGUUCUCAGAGUCGGAACCGGAGCCUAUGAAACCUGAGAAAUCAAAUGCAUCGGAUGGACAUUAUGAUGCCAGUGAAAACGGGGAUUAUUCAAUGGAAAGUCAUGAUUCAGAUGGUAAUAUUGAGGACCAAGAAAUGAAAGUUGGUCAGGCAGUUGAAAAUUACCCUGAGACAACAGUUGAGAAAGAGCAAAACCAGCCACCUGAAAAACCAAAUAGCCCAGGGGAAGAUGAAGUCGAAGGUGUACAGAAAAGACGUUUCCUCGACCUAAAUGAGCUAGCCCCUGGUUCAGGUUUUGACGACGGUCCAAACUCAAUAAUGAAAGAUGAUGCGGAUGAUUUGUGAUUGGAGGCUUCCUCCCCUGCUGGAUAGCACAGGUGUGAUUUGCAAGGAAGCCGAGGUGUACGAUUGUAAAAUUUAUAAAUUUUGUGCGUUAUUCCCAUGGAGAAAGCUGCGGCCAGAGUUCUCCUAGGUGUAUUUACGCAGCAACAACCUUGGUGCGAGAUUUGCAACAAGGUAGCGACAUGAGGCGGAGAGGUAUGUAGAUGAGAUAGUCAUUUUUUUUAGUAUGUCAACGUCGAAAGGAACCUAUGGAGCUAGGACCGGUGAAUGGAAGAAGUUGUUUGGGAGUUGCUUAGUUCAUCCGAUCAAUGUACAAUAACCCUCAGCUAAAUAUUGUAACUGAAAGAUUUGGCCUUAGAUGUUAAAAGUCGAAAUCAGUUGUAGUAUAGUAUUAUUAUUAUCUCUCGUGCUCGUGUAUCCGCCGAUAUGGUGAUCUCCCGUGCAAGUCCGAGAGCAUAUUAGGGUUGGCUGUGUUGUAAUGGAACCAUCCUCCCUCCCUUAGAAGGUAACUGCUCUUAUCUUGUA